CCGCGCUUGUCCGUUGGGCAGCGCCCGUCGAGUCGUCCGGUCGUCCGUCUCAGCCACUGCUGCACCUCGUCCAUCCUAUAUCCCUGCCACCGCCUGCGGAUCCCACUACCACACACAAACAUCAUGGACAAGGCAGACCUCGAGACUUACCAGGUCCAGCUCUCGCAAGUCGAGCAGGCCCUCGCCUCUGAUCCUGAGAACACCGAACUCACCUCCCUCCGCGACGAGCUGAAAGAGCUUAUCGAGCUCACACAGGCAGCGCUCGCACAGCAGGAGGCAGCAGCGUCCUCGUCGAAAGCGGAGUCCUCACGGAAGACGGCGGCGGUCGCCAGCACUGCACGGACAUGGGGCGCGGGCGACGACUGUCUCGCCAAGUACUCCGGCGACGGGCAGUGGUACCCCGCACGAAUCACGUCCGUGGGCGGGUCGGCCGACAACCGGGUGUACAGCGUCAUGUUCAAGGGGUACAACUCCACGGAGCUCGUCAACUCGUCGCAGCUGAAGCCGCUCCCGUCGAACCACCAGUCGGCGGGCCCUUCCGCGGGGAACAAGCGCAAGCUGUCGAAGGUGGAGGAGGAGGAGCGGGAGAAGAAGAAGAAGAAGAACGAGAAGAAGGUCGAGGCGAAGGCGGCGAAGGCGAAGGAGCAGACGGAGAAGCAGGCGAGCUGGCAGAAGUUCGCGAAGAAGAGCGAGAAGAAGGGGAUACAUAUCGCGGGCGUGUCAGGGACAAGUAUCUUCAAGACGCCAGAAAACCCGCUUGGACGGGUCGGUGUCACUGGGAGCGGAAAGGGUAUGACGGGGACCGCUCCGAGAAUAAAACACAAAUUCGAAGCUAAAGAUGACCCGAAUGCUUGAGUGCGCAUACGAACGCGCAAUGCGGUAUCGUUUUGUACAUGCUAUAUUGUACUCUAUGGUCAACGUCUCGACACGGCAUGGCCACCAAACGUAACAUAUAACGGUUCACUGUCUCCAAGACCUGCUGGCAUCGCAGAUGACGGAGCGUGGGGGGUUCCAGGGCACAGAACAGAGGCUAGGCGUUGUGUUAUUUCUCUUUCUUCCCGCAUACAGUAUGAUUCUC